AUGAUAAUCAAUAAACAAAUCGAUGGCUAUCUAUACAGUGGUCUAAACUAUGGAUUAGAUUUGAUGAAAAAAUCAUUGUUGAAGACGGCAUCCGAUAGUGCCGUCAAAGUUGUCAAACAAUUGGUAGUUAAAGUCUAUACCAAACAAAUUGCUACUAAAAAUAAAAAGUCGACCAAAAAACAAAACAAAAAUCUCAUUCAAUUAAGAUCUGGCGAUUUGAUAACGUUUGUCGUCCAGAGGAACGGUAGUAUUAAAGCCAUCGAUAAUGAUGUUGAAGUGAUACCUGUGCCCAGUGGUGAUGGUGAUUGUGGUGAUGAUAGACAAUGUCUAUUAAUGGGGGAACAGUCGGCUAAUAAUACUAAAAAUGUCAAUUAA